AUGGAGACUGAGAUCCUUCAAGCCCUCACUGAAUAUAAAGAUUGUGUUACGAAGCAUAAUUUGUCCGCCGUUAAAAGGCUCGUCGAAUAUGCUGCGACAGAAGAGUAUCUGCCGGAAUACCUCGAGGAAUAUCCCGACGAUGAACGUGCAGAACAUGUAGAAGAAACAGAUGAAGAAAUCGCGGAAUGCCGCCUUGAUUGGACACUCCGAAAACUCGGAGUUGGAGGGAGCGAGCUCAUCACUAAGCCCGAGGAUGUUCUCACGCACUGGGACGUGUAUUCGCAGCGGAGCGGACUUAAUGGGGCCGCGUUCGAUGACCGGGACUUGGGAAAAAGGUCAAAGCUGAUGAACGACUAUAUUCGUGGGCUUCGCGACGGUCUGCGGGUUCUAGGCGGCGAGGCUGCCACUUUUGACCUCCCUCAGGACUUUCUUGUUCUUCUUGCCCACGUGGAUGCGCUCGAGGGACAUAAAUGGUACGAGGAGAAAGACCAAGGCCGGCAAGUCGUGUUCUUUACCGGUUUUCUUGACUACGAUGAAGCUAAGAAAGGGGUGCUUUCCGACGACGGGUUGAAGGAGAAUAAUGCCUAUCUGGGCGGCCAAUACCCCGACUUUGAGCAUGUGGUAGCAGGUUGGAAAUGCGGAACUGCGCCUGAAGGUUGCUGCCACAUUAUCCAUGGCCGUCAAAAGCUCGAAGAGGAGGUCGCUUGGUUCUAUCACGUCAAUAAUGGACAAUUUGGGACGGAAAUGUUUAGGAGUGUUGUCGACUUACUCAAAUGGUAUCAAGAAUACAAUGUUCCUGACGACAGAGCGGUGGAGGAAGCUUGUUCCAUGUUGUGGUGGUAG